CUGACUCCCUAGAUGGAAGCGAGGACACUAUACCCCCCCCACUCAUAAUUUGUUCCCCCUGGUGGUUGCUUGACCCACAGACUGGGCAAUACUCCCGUCACGCUCUCUCAGGUCAGUGAGUCCCUCUUCCUGACGUCACUUCCGGCCAUCGGGCGCGAACUUUGUUUAGGUGACAGCGCUGCUGCAGGAGCCUGUGCUACACAGUGAGGAAAGAGCGAAUUGGUUCUAGGCCGAGAGAAAAAUGCCAAGCGUGGGAGAGAGAUGUAAAAAUGUGUCUUCUGCGUUAGAUGUGGAUAGCCAGCUAUCGUACCUACCCGACAAGUUAAGAGAGAGGCUGCUUCCCUUUCAGAGAGAAGGCGUCCACUUUGCUUUGAAGAGACAUGGAAGGUGUAUGAUUGCUGAUGAGAUGGGUCUUGGGAAAACCCUCCAAGCCAUAGCAGUAGCGUAUUACUAUCGGGAUGAGUGGCCCCUUUUGGUCGUUGUUCCUUCAUCUCUGAGGUACCCAUGGAUUGAGGAGAUGGAAAAAUGGAUUCCAGAGCUUUGUCCAGAAGACAUUACCGUUAUAGAGAACAAGACUGAUGUUGGGAGGAUGUCAGCUUGUAAAGUGACAGUCUUGGGGUAUGGCCUGUUAACCACUGAUGCUCAGACGCUAAUAGAUGCCUUAUACAAACAGCACUUCAGAGUGGUUUUAGUGGAUGAAUCUCACUACAUGAAGUCUAGAAAUGCAUCUCGUAGCAAAUUGCUGCUGCCAAUUGUCCAGAAAGCCACAAGAGCACUUCUACUCACAGGGACGCCAGCUCUUGGAAGGCCUGAGGAGCUUUAUAUGCAAAUUGAAGCUCUGUUCCCGAAAAAGUUUGGAACCUGGACAGAAUAUGCCAAGAAGUACUGCAACGCACACGUCAGGUACUUUGGCAAUAGGACUCAAUGGGAUUACAGAGGUGCUUCCAAUUUAGAUGAAUUACACCAGCGUUUAAGCAACAUCAUGGUCAGGCGGUUAAAGAAUGAGGUUUUAACCCAACUGCCUCCUAAAAUUAGACAGCGGAUCCCUUUUGAAUUGCCUAAGGACGUGGCUAAGGAAAUCAACGGCAGCUUCGAGGAGUGGGAAAAACUGAUGAGAUGUCCAGAUUCUAUGGCCACGGAAUCCAGCAACCCCUUUAUUCAGAUCAUGGGCAUGAUCACCCGAAUGUUUAAACAAACUGCACUUGCCAAGGCUGGUGCAGUGAAAGACUAUGUCAAGAUGAUGCUCGAUAAUGAUAAGCUGAAAUUCCUCGUUUUUGCCCACCACCUUUCCAUGCUCCAAGCAUGCACUGAAGCCGCCAUCGAGAGCAAGGCCAGGUACAUUCGAAUAGAUGGCAGUGUCCCCUCCGCAGAAAGAAUCCAUCUAGUUCACCAGUUUCAAAAUGACCCAGAAACCCGUGUGGCUAUACUCAGCAUCCAAGCAGCUGGCCAGGGACUGACAUUCACAGCAGCCACUCAUGUUGUGUUUGCUGAGCUUUACUGGGAUCCUGGGCAUAUAAAGCAAGCAGAGGACCGAGCCCAUCGGAUUGGGCAGUGCAACUCUGUGCAUAUCCACUAUUUAAUUGCCAGAGGAACCAUGGACACACUUAUGUGGGGCAUGUUGAAUAGAAAGGCCAAUGUUACAGGCAGCACUCUCAAUGGCAAGAAGGAAAAAAUACAAGCUGACGAAGAUAAAGAGGAUAAAUGGAAUUUUCUGAACUUUGCCAAGUCUUGGAGUCCAAACGAAGGUCUGGAGGAACAAAGUGAUGACCUUCUCUUCACUCAUUUUGAAAAAGAGAAGCAGCACGAUAUUCGCAAGUUCUUUUCACCAAAACCUGAUGCAGAAAAGAAACGCAAGAGAGUCUUGGAUGACGGAACUAGUGAGCAGAAAGAGGAAGAAUGUGGUCCAGAGCAUGUGUUCAGUACCAGCAGCCAUACAGACUUGCCUGAAACCUCUGAGGUGGUUGAUGUUGAUGCUCUUUAUCCAGAUGAGGACUUCGAGCAACAAGCCAAAAAAUUCAGACCCACUGGCACCCAAACGCCUAAAAACAUUCUCACAAAGAAAAGAAAAUCUUGGAGUGGCAAACCUUCUGCCUUGUUCUCUUCUCCGAGGGCACGUGGCCUUUCUGAAGACACCUCUAUGACCCCUCCAAGACCCCCUAUGUCAGAAAAAAAUUGGGACUGUAUUGCUUGCACCUAUACCAAUAACUCUUUGUUACCGUACUGUGAGAUAUGCGACAGCCCAAGAUCUAAACAAGGUCCUCCGACCAAAAAACAAAUAGUCAAUGCCAACUGCAAUGAAGAUGAGAAAGAAAAUCAAAGGCUGAAGCAUGUGGAUAAUGAGAUUCUCAACGGCACUCAGCAGGACACGGCCCCCUCUCCGACUAGUGAGUUACAGAGGGAUCAUUUAAUAAACACUGAAAAUAACAAGUUGGAAGCCCACCCCGGGGACACAUCAACAACUACUGAGCCAGAACAUUGUGAGAACUCUGUUUGUUUCCCAGUUUAUGAUGGAUUAAUGUUCUGCGCCAGCAAGCAUACUGAUAGAAUCUAUUUAUAUAGUAAGGAAGGGGAACCCAUGAAUUGUAAUUUCAUUCCUAUGGACAUCAGAUUAGACAACUGGGAUGAUUUCCCUGAAGCUCUGCAAAAGAAACCUAACAGAUCUUUGAUUUUAAGGUUUGUGAGAGAAUGGAACAGUUUGACGGCCAUGAAGCAGAGGAUAAUCCGAAAAAGUGGCCUAAUAUUUAGCAGCCCUGUUGCGGCCCUGGGAGACCUCUCAAAACAGCAGCAGAAACCCAGCAGCACCAAGAGGUACCUGACCAAAGAAGAUGUUGCUGCCGCCUCAUUAAGCAAAGUUCAGAGCAGCGGAGGCAGCGUGAGGUUGAUCUGCAGGGACUCUGCCUCGUCAAUCAAAGGGCAGGUGUGUUCCGCAGCAGCUGCAGAGCCUCCCGCAACAGUGGAAGAUGGAAAAGAUCAAAGCUCUUCCAUGAUUCAGCCUGUCCACUCAGAAGGAGAAUGUUCGGCCCUUAAAGGAUACCUCCAGGCGAUGGACAGUGAGGGGAAGCCUCUGUGUAUUCACUGCCAGGGGCCAUGUACUCAGCCGUCCAAUCAGCACCUCGCCACCGCCUGGGACACUCGCUUCUGCACCCGCAAAUGUCAGGACGACUUCUUCAUACGCUCCAACCAGAGUUACAUGAGGGCAAAGGUGUUUGAAACGGAGCAUGGAGUUUGCCAGCAGUGCUGUCUGAACGUCCACGAGCUGUACCUGAGCGUCAGAGAUGCCCCCAAGGGCCAGAGGAAGACUCUGCUGGAAAGCACAUGGAUGGCACAGCUGCCUCUAGCUCAACUGAAUGAACUAAUCCGAAACCCCACAGAAGGGCAGUUCUGGCAAGUGGACCAUAUCACCCCAGUAUACGGCGGAGGGGGGCAGUGCUCUCUGGAUAAUCUGCAGACUCUCUGCACUGUGUGUCAUAGAGAGAGAACGGCCAGGCAAGCCAAGGAGAGGAGUCACAUCAAGAAGUUUUCUACGGCCUCCAAGUAUGGGUCAGACAUCAGCAAGUUUUUCUCCAAGAUGUAAAAAGAAAAUUGUCCUUGUACAUUUCUGUAUGUAUUUCCCACACUGCACACAAGCACAGCCAUGCAGUUAAAUAAAGUGGUUUCAUUUUCUAAUUA